AUGGCUGUUCUAUCGGGAAGGGGGUCGAAGCUUCGGCCCUACUUGACUCUUCUAUUAUUCGCAACUAUCUUUCAAUCAGGGCUCGCUCAGCUCUGUUCAUUCUGGGACGGGGGGUGUGUUGAUCCGCUGGCCCAGACGGCGGUCUCCUUCGGAUUUCCCCCUCUCUUCGUCGAUGACAUCAACCUUUACUAUGGUUUUGACGCCAACUCGCGAGGGAAAGGCCACGAGCCGAUGACCAAGGUCAGCUUUUGGCUAGGAUAUGCCGCACGACGAAUCGACAACUCCGUCAUCGACAGAAACCGGACGUCCGAGAUCGCGAUGCGAGUAGGGAACUUGACCGGCACGCCGGCGGGCGAUAAUAACGGAUGUGACGGGGUCUGGGGUCCCCAGUGCUCAAGCAACCUGAAAUCCGCAUUCAAAGGGGCCAUAUAUGAUCUAUCGAAGAAGGGAGACUACUAUAGCUAUCCCUUGGACACGGUGAUAAGCCAAAUGCUUAUCAACCCGCCGUCCCUUGCUAAUUGCCCGCCUCCGUUCUUUGACGUUCAGAGUUUCCCUGUUCAACCAUUCGGACAAGAAACGGAUACUGAUCUAUCCGCGACCCUGAAAACCUCCGGGACCAGCGAAAGCCCGUGGAAAACAUGGUUCGUGGACAAUAUGACCUCGAGCCAGCAGGCCGAGCAAGUAGCUGUUGCCAUUAUCAGCCGCGGUCCAUCCUACAACAGUGCGCCUCCGCGCAGCAAGGAUGACGUUCAAAUAGAACUCGUUUGUGUUCAAGCCCCGUCGAGCGGGAGCUCAACGACCCAAGAUACCUAG